UUUCACUCUCUUCGGACCGUGUUCCACGCUACACAGUAGCACGGGUUACUGAAAAUUCUCUUUUUCUAAAAGUCUUUGAGUUUAAGUUAGAAAUUCGUAAUAGACACGACUUCCGAGUGAACAUUUAAAGUACAGACAUGAAGGUCGCUGUUGUUCUUGUGGUUUUGUGCAUUGUUUAUCAUGCAGCGGCUGAAACCUGCUCAGCUGACGGUGAUUGCGUCAACACAAACUGUGACAGUUCACACGAUUUAGAGUGUCAUCGUGGUCAAUGCACGUGUGUAAACCAUGUCAGUUCUUGCUCCUCCGCCUCUGACUGUUCGGGAUCUUGUACCUUCUUCGGCCGUCAUGGACGAUGGCAUUGUGUCGAUGCCAAGUGCCGAUGCUUCGCCUUUUAAUAAAUGAUGUUCAAUACUUUA